GCCGCUCAGACACUGAGGGGGAGCGGAGAGGAGCAGUUACUGAGCAGAAUCCUGUGUGCUGCCGUGGCCAGUGUGGAGAUGGAAUCUGUCCAGAUUAAAGAGGAGUGCCCUGAACCUGAACUUCUCCCCUUUAGAGUGGAGUUCAGUGGGCUGGCUUCCCUCCCCAUUAAACAGGAGCUCUGUGAGAUGCAAUGUGACAGCAGUCAGCCAGAGGUCUGUGAGAUUAAAGCUGAGCACAAUGAAUUGGAGAUCUCUCAGUCAGAAGAACCCCUUCCUGUUAAACAAGAAGAGGUGCUGGAAACUGACCAUAUUAAACGGGAGCCCUCUGAAGUAGUUAAGAAAGAGUCGGAGGACUUCAUACCAAACAUCCCUAAGCUGGAGCCUGUAUGCCUGCGGGAGUGUAGCGUGAUGCGGGAGAGAAUCUGCGUAAGAGAGCAGGGCGCUGGAGAGGAAGGCUCUCCCAACAGCACACAAGGAGGUGGACAGGAAGACAGACACUCACAUUCAGAAUGCAGUCUGGCAGGUUCCAUUCCAGCAGCUAAAGUGAGAGCAGGCGGUGGAGAAUAUCCUGACUGGGAGAAAGGUUUCACACAGUUAGGGCAUUUAAACAAAAUCCAGCAAACUCAGACAGAUGAGAAACCGUAUCACUGCUGUGACUGUGGGAAGAGUUUCAGUCGGUCAGACAGCCUUGUUUUACACCAGCGAACUCACACAGGAGAGAAACCGUAUAGCUGCUCUGACUGUGGGAAGAGUUUUAGUAAGAUUAGAAGCCUAAAAGAACACCAGCGAAUUCACACAGGAGAGAAACCUUAUCACUGCUGCGUCUGUGCGAAGAGUUUCAGUCGGUCAGAAAGCCUUGUUUUACACCAACGAACUCACACAGGAGAGAAACCGUAUUGCUGCUCUGACUGUGGGAAGAGUUUCAGUCAAUCAAACAGCCUUGUUUUACACCAGCGAACUCACACAGGAGAGAAACCGUAUCGCUGCUCUGACUGUGGGAAGAAUUUCAGUCGGUCAGACAGCCUUAUUUCACAUCAGCGAACUCACACAGGAGAGAAACCAUAUCACUGUUCUGACUGUGGGAAGAAUUUCAGUCGGUCAGGCAGCCUUGUUUCACACCAGCGAACUCACACAGGAGAGAAACCAUAUCACUGCUCUGACUGUGGGAAGAGUUUCAGACAGUUAGGAAGCCUAAAAGAACACCAGCGAGUUCACACAGGAGAGAAACCGUAUCACUGCUCUGACUGUGGGAAGAGUUUCAGUCAGUUAGGUAGCCUAAAAGGACACCAGCGAACUCACACAGGAGAGAAACCGUAUCGCUGCUCUGACUGUGGGAAGAGUUUCAGUUACUCAGCAACCCUGAAAACACACCAGCGAACUCAUGCAGGAGAGAAACUGUAUCACUGCUGUGACUGUGGGAAGAGUUUCAGUUGGUCAGACAGCCUUGUUUCACACCAGCAAACUCAUACAGGAGAGAAAUUGUGUCGCUGCUCUGACUGUCAAAAGAGCUUCCGUCUUAAAAAAGCCCUUCAAAAACACCAGCGAAUUCCUAGAGAGAAACCUUAGACUGUUCAAAUGGACUUUUAAUUCAAACCUUGCAUUAUGAAUCCCUGUGUAAUUUACUGUUUUGUGUAUCACUCUUAAGAGCAUCCAAUUUAAAUUGUAAACUUGCAAAUCAACUCUCUUGCUCUCUGUCAAAGUGGGCGGUGACGCAAACACAUCACAAGAAGCUUCUCUGCUGUCAGUUUAACCCGGGCUGUCAAUGCAGUCAGUAUCUGGGAGUGGGAAUAGGCAGAAAGGAAACUAUUCCGCUCCUCAUCUGAUGGACGAGUCAGGAGAAAUCAAUAACUCAGUGUGGGAAAUGAGUUUCAGGAUUUAACAUUUAAGCUUCAUUAACUUAAAAAUAAAUACAUUGAUGGGAAUGAGUAUCCGGGCCCCUGAUGUAGCAUCCCAGAGACAAGACAGCAGCGUCCUUACUGGGGAACCACCUGGAGGAUUUGUCUUGGAAAUUCAUCAUGAUUCAAAAACGAAUGAAAACUUAGUGUCCCAUUACCUGUAUUAUGGUAUGAAUGGCUGAAUAUUGAGUGACGUGUUGCUUCGCAGUGCGCAUUGUCCAUGCUUGUAUUUGUGAUGGUUUUGUAAAGUGCCCUGAGUAAUAGCAGGCAUGCGUACGGAUCUUUGGUAUAGAAAGCCAUAGCGGUUUUAUCCCUGGCUCGCUGUUGCUCUUUUGCAGUGUCUUGCACUCGGUGACAAAUUCCAAAUGAAAAUGUAGCUUAGCUAGGACUAUUAAUGGAUGAAGCUUUCAUUACAGAGCACAAAAUAAUCUACAGUUCAGUGUGGCAGUGGAAAUAAAUGUGGGGCUGGGGGGUUCUAUAGCUUUAGUUGGUGCAUCCGCGACCUGGACUGUAAACCAGGUAAUACGUUUUGUCCAAUUUUUAAGUGAAUGUUAACUGAGUAUUUUUUUUUCUGUAGAGUGUGUGGAAUGUCACGGCUUCUCACAUCUGUGUCUGUGGUCAUAUCUGUGUUAAUCACUUAAAGGUAAAAAUUUAUUUCACUAAAAGCACCUCGACGGCAGAUUUUCUCUCUACCCCUCCCCUAAACCCCUCUACUUCCUUUCUCAUUCUCCCUCUCUCUCCCCCAUCCUUCCCUUAAUCUCUUCACUCUCCCCCCUCUUCUUUUUUCCCUCUCUUCUGUGAUCCUUGAUGGGGAAUACAUAUCCCACUUACAUAAUCAGCACUCUGUUAUCUGUUACCCAGAUACAUGUCAAUCGCAUUUUACCAUUCUUUUAUUAAUAAGAUCAAACCCCAUUAAGAUAUAUAUA